GAAUUAUUGAUAAUAAAUAAUGAUUCCCCUAUAUCACUUUAUUUGCCCCUAUCUCAACAUAUUUUAAGUGAUGAUAUAUACUAACAAUGUUAAUUACUGUAACAAUCUUUACAAUCUAUUCCCAUAAAUUACACUGUUUUUCUAUAAAUACCCAUGCUAUCAUCCAGUUUGCCAACCAACUCUUCAAAAUGAAAAUUUUCGUUGUAUCCUUAUUUGUAGUAUUUGCAAUUUACCAAGCUCACGCAAGUGAGUUAGUCAGUGAUUUGGCAGAAAAUCAAAUCUCUGAUGAUGGAAAUGAUUUGGUUGAUUUAAAUGAACGUGAAAUUGAUGAAGAAACUGAAGAAGAAGUAGCAAAGAGAUUCCUUAGUAAGCUCUUCAGCAACAAGAAAGGUAUAAGCAAAGCUCAAUGUGCACUUUGUGCUGUUGCCCCAGCAACUAAAAGAUGCCAGAGAGUCAAGAAAUUAUGCAUGAUGAAACAUAAAAUUUUCAUUCUUCCCAAAAAAGUUUGAAAGAUUAUAUAUGUCAAUGAAAUUAAGAUUCAAAUAAAUACUCCAAGCAUAUUAAAAAUCAAA